GAGAGCAAGGUGCUCAAGUUCUUGGGCUUCAUGUGGAACCCUCUUUCAUGGGUGAUGGAACUAGCUGCCAUCAUGGCCAUUGCAUUAGCAAAUGGAGGGAAUGAGCCACCGGAUUGGCAAGAUUUUGUGGGUAUAGUAGUGCUGUUAAUCAUAAACUCCACCAUCAGUUUUAUAGAAGAGAAUAAUGCAGGAAAUGCUGCAGCAGCACUCAUGGCAGGUCUUGCCCCUAAAACGAAGGUUCUGAGAGAUGGAAGGUGGAGUGAGCAAGAUGCUGCUAUAUUGGUGCCAGGAGACAUCAUAAGCAUCAAAUUGGGAGACAUUGUCCCAGCUGAUGCCCGUCUAUUGGAAGGAGAUCCCCUCAAGAUAGAUCAAUCUGCACUCACCGGUGAGUCCUUGCCUGUAACUAGGUGCUCCGGCGAUGAAGUCUUCUCCGGUUCCACAGUGAAACAGGGAGAGAUUGAGGCCAUUGUAAUUGCCACCGGAGUCCACACCUUCUUCGGUAAGGCUGCUCACCUCGUGGAUAGCACUAACCAAGUUGGCCACUUCCAACAGGUGUUGACAGCCAUUGGUAACUUCUGCAUUUGCUCUAUUGCCCUGGGAAUGAUCGUAGAGAUUAUAGUCAUGUAUCCCAUUCAGCACCGCAGGUACAGGAGUGGAAUUGACAAUUUGUUGGUGCUUCUCAUUGGAGGAAUUCCCAUUGCCAUGCCAACGGUCUUGUCUGUCACCAUGGCUAUCGGUUCCCAUCGCCUAUCGGAGCAAGGUGCUAUCACUAAGAGGAUGACAGCCAUUGAGGAGAUGGCCGGCAUGGAUGUUUUGUGCAGUGACAAAACUGGCACCCUAACAUUGAACAAACUCACCGUCGAUACCAACUUGAUUGAGGUCUUCUCCAAAGAUACUGAUAAGAACACUGUAAUUCUUCUUGGAGCUAGGGCCUCCAGGGUUGAAAACCAAGAUGCUAUUGAUGCUUGCAUUGUAGGAAUGUUGGGUGAUCCAAAGGAGGCUAGAGAGGGCAUUCAAGAGGUGCAUUUCCUUCCCUUCAAUCCAGUGGAUAAGCGUACAGCCAUAACAUACAUUGACGCUGAGGGUAACUGGCACCGAGUAAGCAAAGGGGCACCAGAGCAGAUUAUUGAACUCUGCAACCUCCGGGAAGAUGUGGCAAAGAAGGCCCAUUCCAUUAUUGAUAAGUUUGCUGACCGCGGCCUCCGCUCCCUUGCUGUAGGCAAACAAGCAGUACCAGAGAAGAACAAGGACAGCCCAGGAGGACCAUGGGAAUUUGUAGGGUUGUUGCCUCUGUUUGACCCACCCAGGCAUGACAGCGCAGAGACCAUCAGGCGUGCUCUCGAGUUGGGAGUGAAUGUUAAGAUGAUCACCGGUGACCAGUUGGCCAUUGGUAAGGAGACUGGUCGCAGGCUUGGCAUGGGAAGUAACAUGUACCCCUCCUCCUCCCUCCUUGGUCAGCACAAAGAUGAUUCCAUUGUUGGCCUUCCUGUUGAUGAGCUUAUUGAGAAGGCUGAUGGCUUUGCUGGCGUCUUCCCUGAGCACAAGUAUGAGAUUGUAAAGAGACUCCAGGACAGGAAGCACAUUUGUGGGAUGACUGGGGAUGGUGUGAAUGAUGCUCCUGCCUUGAAAAGAGCAGACAUCGGAAUUGCAGUGGCUGAUGCAACCGAUGCGGCGCGAAGUGCCUCCGACAUAGUGCUCACAGAACCAGGGUUGAGUGUGAUUGUGAGUGCAGUUCUGACCAGCAGAGCCAUCUUCCAGAGAAUGAAGAACUACACCAUAUAUGCUGUUUCCAUAACAAUUCGGAUCGUGUUGGGCUUCAUGUUGCUUGCUCUCAUCUGGAAAUUCGAUUUCUCGCCUUUUAUGGUUUUGAUCAUUGCUGUACUAAACGAUGGCACCAUCAUGACCAUUUCCAAGGAUAGGGUGAAGCCAUCUCCCGUACCAGACUCAUGGAAGCUUAAGGAGAUUUUCGCCACAGGCGUGGUGCUUGGUACCUACCUAGCCGUUAUGACAGUUAUUUUCUAUUGGGCUGCUCAUGCAUCCGAUUUCUUCUCGGACAAUUUUGGUGUGAGAUCCAUUAGGAACAACGAACGCGAGCUGAUAGCAGCAGUGUACCUUCAAGUGAGUAUUGUGAGUCAGGCUCUGAUCUUCGUGACUCGAUCGAGGAGCUGGUCUUACGUUGAACGCCCCGGCGUCUUGCUUGUUGUUGCCUUCCUCAUUGCACAGCUGAUUGCGACCAUCAUAGCUGUGUAUGCACACUGGGAUUUUGCGAGGAUUGAAGGGAUUGGAUGGGGCUGGGCUGGUGUCAUUUGGCUUUACAGCAUUGUUUUCUACAUUCCAUUGGAUAUCCUUAAAUUCAUCAUCCGAUAUGCUUUGACCGGCAAGGCUUGGGAUAACAUCACUGAGAGCAGGGUUGCUUUCACCUCCAAGAAGGACUACGGAAGGGGAGAGAGAGAGGCACAGUGGGCCACAGCACAACGCACACUUCAUGGCCUCAAUCCUCCUGAAACAGAUCAAAUACUGAAUGACAAGAACAACUUCAGGGAGCUGUCCGAACUCGCAGAACAGGCAAGAAAGCGUGCUGAAGUUGCCAGGUUGAGGGAGCUCCACACACUCAAGGGCCACGUGGAGUCUGUUGUCAAACUCAAGGGGCUUGACAUUGAGACUAUUCAACAGCAUUACACCGUUUGAGUGCCAUCAUAGAUUUAGCAAAGAGAAAUUAGAUGAAUAGAAAGCUCCUUGUGUUCUUGAUAUGCAAGGGCCUUAGAAUAAUCCAACACUUCGAGAUUGUGCAUCACAGUCCAAGGUUGGCUCACAAGUUUUUUAGUACUAGCCCCCAUGAGCUGUUGUUUCCUUUCAUGUUCCAUCAUGAUUG